AGAAACCACCGGCCACCUCUCCGCCCUCCGCCACCACCAAUGGCCCUCCUUCUACCUCGUGUCAACAGAACCUCCCUCCUCCGCCUCUCACUCCGCCGCAUCUCCACCACCACCGUUGUCCGAGACCCUUCACCCUCGGCCCCAUCCCAAACUGUUCCAGCCCCACCACCAAAAUCCCCACGGACCCGAACCCCACUGGAAAAACAAUUCGACACAUGGCUCCAAGCCCUCAAGCCCGGGUUCACUCAAUCCGACGUCGUCGAUGCCCUCCGUUCUCAACCCGACCCGGACCUCGCCCUCGACAUUUUCCGGUGGACGGCCCAGCAGCGGCACUACAAGCACAACCACCUCACCUACCUCUCAAUGAUCGAAAUCGCGGUCUCUGGUAAGCGUUACCGCGUCGCCGAGACUUUAAUCGAAGAAGUGAUCGCCGGCGCGUGCCCUCCAAGCCUCCCCUUGUUUAACACUAUGAUCAAGUUCUGUUGUGGCCGGAAAUUCUUGUUUAAUCGGGCCUUCGAUAUCUACAAGAAAAUGGUGAAAUCCGAGGAUGCUAAGCCGAGUCUGGAGACUUAUGCGUUGCUUUUGAAUUCGCUUCUGAGGAAAUUUGAUAAGUUGAAUGUGUGUUAUGUUUAUUUGCAUGCUGUUAGAUCAUUAGCUAAGCAAAUGAAGGCUUCUGGGAUUAUUCCCGACGCUUUUGUUCUGAAUAUGAUCAUCAAAGCUUACUCAAAAUGUCUUGAAAUGGAUGAGGCCAUUCGGGUUUUUCGGGAGAUGGGAUUGUAUAAUUGUGAGCCAAAUGCGUAUACUUAUAGUUAUUUGGCAAAAGGGUUGUGCGAGAAGGGUAGGGUGAACCAAGGAUUGGUAUUCUAUAAGGAGAUGAGAGGAAAAGGGUUGGUGCCGAAAGGAAGUACUUAUUUGAUCUUGAUUUGUAGUCUUUCAAUGGACAGGAGGUUUCAAGAUGCGAUCGACAUUGCAUUUGACAUGUUGGGAAGCUCCAUGUCACCUGAUUUGCUGACUUAUAAGACGUUGUUGGAAGAAAUGUGUAGGGAUGGAAGGGGUGAUGAUGCAUUCGAACUUCUUGAAGAGUUCAGGAAACGAGACAGUUUUAUGAAUGAGAAGACUUACAACACUUUGUUGAAUGGGUUGCACUUCCUAAGUCGAGAUCUUUAGUUGCUUUGAUUUCUCUUACGGUCUUUUAAACAUGAAUACACAUUGUUUGAGAUAAUAUCCAACGACUGAAAUCACAUAGAUAUUCUAUUCAUAUUGAUGGUUGGAUAGGCUGAGUUUCCAAGUGUCAUAUGAAGUGCUUUUCGCUUUGUGGAGUUGGAUUUUUAUGAAACUAGUGACUGCACUACUGAUUCCUCCUUCAAGCAGCGGAACAAAUAUUGGACAAGUAUCGGUUUGCUUCCUUAAUACGGGGAGUUUAGUGUCUUCUAAUUAAAGCCUCAUUCAUUUCACUGCAAGCAUCUGAAAGAAAGGUCCAUACUAGAUUCAUCUGUUAUCAGAUGCUGUGUGUUCUUAUCAGUGGCUCGGUUUUACAUUUUGAUGUUCUUCUAUGCAAUUAUGUCUGGUGUUCUGAUUCUACGGUGGCUGCUAUAAUGGUGACAAAGACCAUAGCUAUUGUUGCAUCUUGAUAUUCUUGUUUAUAUGAGGUGUACCAGAGGAUAUCUUCGUGGAAUAAAAGCCUUGCCCCAGACAGCACCCUUCUCCGAGUUAUUACUAAUGCAAGGUAUGUGCUGGUUUCUCCCGGUGUUGAGCAACGGAUCGGGUAUUAUUAAUAUGUGUCUUUGUAAGCUGUUUCACUGGCAUUUGUCGGGUUUCUUGCAAAGUCAAAUGAAGAUCCCUGCCUUUAGUAGUGUAUGUUUGUGAGGAAUGUGUAAUGAAUUCUUGUAAACACUGAUGUUGUAUUUAUA